AGGAAGAGAAGUCAAGGGACAGUUUUGUGCGUGUGUGUGUGUGUGUGGAGCAGGAACACGUGGGCCUCUUCUUCUGGAUCCGAGCUUCAUUUCUUACUCACUUCAGUGGGCAUCACGUUUAUAGUUUACAUGUGUGUUGUUGGCGGUUGUGUUUUUUGUACUCGUGUUAAAUCUCCUUGCUGUCUGAUGUGCGGUGUUGGGAUAACGGUGCUGCAAAUCCCCAUCUGAUUGGGGGAGAGAAAAAAAUAACAACUUUAAAAAAAAACGAUGGAAAUCCCCAGGACGAGUUCGAAUACCGGGUGGAAACUGUUCAAAGAGUCGCUGCUUCUCUGCCUGUUCGCCGGCCAUGGAGAGGCUCAGUGCAGUGGCUGUGUUGAGUACUGCUGUGACGGCGUGCCUCCUUUCUGCUGCUCAUACUACGCCUAUGUGGGAGACGUACUCUCAGGCACAGCUAUUUCAGGGAUCGUGUUCGGGGUAGUCUUUCUGAUGGGAGCCGUGGCAGCCAUAUUUUUGUGCAUUUGCAUGUGCGUGAAGAAUGGCCGGGGAGCGAGAGUGGGCGUCUUCAACACAUCGUACAUCAACACUGUGACUCAGGGCUAUCCAGGACCGCCACCUCCUUACAGCUUUGACUAUGAGAUGUAUCCGACAGAUUUUCAACCUCCCCCAUAUACCCCGAUGCCUCCCAGAACAGCAAACUACUCCCCACCCCCACCCUACCCUGGCUACAAUCAAAAAUAGACGUCCCUCAUGCUCACGCUCGAGGAGUGGGUACUAUGGAAAGUGACGAUGGAGCGGUGUUGGAUGGAACGACAGUGUUACAAAAUAUUCCAUUUUGCCUCUGGUACAUUGUGAGGAAGAAAAAUACCUGAACUCUGUAUGUCUGGUCUGCAGACUAUGCGUUCUAAUGACCUUUAAUACGAUUUAUAUUAUCGGGGAUGUGGAUCAUUCCCACUGUUUGUACUUGUGUUUGAGUUUUUGUGUGUUUUUUAAUGCUUUGUGUGGACACUCGGAAGAAAAUGCGUGGACACUUGGAUUACUCUUUGAUACAGAACAUAGCCAGAAGCCAUGCUCCUGUUAGGGAUUGUGACUUGAACACAAUUUUAUAUCAUUUCAUGAUGAUCCAUAUUGUUUACUUGCAGGAAUAUGUGCUUUCAUCUGUGAAAAGAAACUAUGGAAAGUGAUGAUGUCUACAGAGUACAAGCCCAUUACAUUCCAUGCAGUACCAUGACUGCGGUUCAGUGGUGACUCAGUGGUUAAGGAUUUGAGUUACCGAUUGAAAGUGUGAGCAAGACACUUAACCCUCAACUGCUCAGUGAUGUCUUAUCUUAAAUGCUAAUUGCCUUUUAUAAAAGUUCAAUAUUUGAUAAGGUUUCUGGGCCACAUAAACAUCCAUUGAAUUCUGGCAUAUUGACAUCCAUGAUCAUAAAAUAAAAUGCAAAAUAAAAAGUAGUUUUGGAUGGUUAUCUUCUGCUGAACUUACAUAUGAUCAUGUAAGGUAAUGUUAUUUAAA